GAUGAAGAUAUUCUUCUUCAAAUAAAAUCAUAUGUUCAAGAAAAUAAGUGGAAUAUUACACUAUAUAUGAUCAUGUCGCAAAUGAAUAAGAUUCUUUUACCAGGGCUCAAAUUUGCACUACCUCUAACAAUUUCUCUCAAUACUGCUAAAAAUUAUUUAAAGGAGCUUGAGUAUGUCUAUGAAAGACGAAUAAAUGAACUUGAGUAUAGAAUGUCUAUAUUUUCAGGAGAUAACAUGGAAAAGUCUGAGGACUUGAUUAACCAAAUAAUCAACCGUGCUAUUUCCAUAUUCGAAGCAUGUUUUCUAGAAUACCAAGCCUUGUUCGCAUUUGACAAUGCAACAAGCCAUGCUAUUUUUUCACCUAAUGCACUUAUCGCCAACUAUAUGAACCUUGGUCUUGCUGGAAAACAAGAGAAACUACGUAGCACAUCAUAUUUUC